AACUACGUUUCAAAUAAUCAAGCCGACUCUUAUAGUAUUUGUCAUUCUCUCCUCUCCUGUCCCUCUCAUUUUAUUAUUUGCUCUCUGGACUACCUCUGCUUUUCCACUCCCAAUUCCAUCCAUACACACAUAUAUUCCUCAACCACAAUCAUCUCACUCUGCUACUUAAUUUAUAAAUCCAUAAAUUAAUAAAAUCUAUAUUUGAGCAUAAUUCCGCGGUAGAAUUGAUGGCGGUGUUUCUGUACCACGUGGUGGGAGAUCUCACGGUGGGGAAGCCUGAGCUUGUGGAAUUCUCCGACACCGAGACGGUGGAGGCGGCGAUUAAGGCCAUCGGGGAAUCGACCGAGGGAGGAAUCGCGGUGUGGAAACAGAAGAAGAGAUCGGUCAUUGAGAAUGCUGAUUUGAGGCAGAAUCGAUUUGUAGGCAUACUUAAUUCACUUGAUAUUGUUGCCUUUUUGGCCAGGGAGGAAUCUCUGGUUGAUCAGGAUAGAGCGUUGAAGACUCCUGUUUCUCAGGUUGUGGUUCCCAAUAAUUCCUUGCUCAAACAGCUCGAUCCUGCUACUAGAUUGAUAGAUGCACUUGAGAUGAUGAAGCAAGGUGUUCGACGUAUCCUUGUUCCUAAAAGUAUAGGAUGGAGAGGCAUGAGCAAACGAUUUUCCAUUUUAUAUAAUGGCAAGUGGCUGAAAAACACUGACAAUUCUGGCAGCAACAGUAUCAACUCUCUUGCAAAUGCACGCCCAUCUACUUCCACAACCAUUAUUAGAGACAAGUUUUGUUGCCUGUCAAGAGAGGAUGUAAUUUGUUUUCUUAUUGGCUGCCUUGGUGCCCUAGCACCACUUCCUCUCUCCUCCAUAGACUCUGUUGGAGCCAUAAAUCUAAAUUAUUGUUCCAUUGAGGCAUCUGUCCAAGCAAUUGAAGCCAUCAGGAAGGUUCCACAUGAUCCGAGUGCAGUGGCAGUUGUGGAGUCUACAUCAGAUGGUCAAUAUACGAUUAUCGGAGAUAUCUCAGCCACAAAACUUUGGAAAUGUGAUUACUUAGCUGCAGCAUGGGCUCUUGCAAAUCUCUCUGCCGGACAGUUUGUGAUGGGGGUUGAGGAUAACGCCUCAAGAUUGCUCCCCGAUUUUUCUCUUGAUCAAAUCGCUAAAGAUACAAACAUUGGUAAUAACGGGGGUCCAAAAAAACAGAGGAAAUUCAGCAGCAGGAGUAUCGGCUUCUUCAGCAAUUCAAGCCCCAGUUUUGGGGUUGGCAGGAAUAUGUAUCGAGGAAGAAGUGCGCCAUUAACAUGUAAAGUUACGAGUUCACUGGCAGCAGUCAUGGCGCAAAUGUUAUCUCACAGAACAACUCAUGUGUGGGUGACCGAGGCAGAAAACGAAGAUAUUUUGGUGGGGGUGGUGAGCUAUGGUGACAUCUUAGCUGCUGUCACCAAACAACCACCUGCAGCUUUACCUGAAACUCAAUUAUCCUAAUAGAAAACCAUAAUUUCAACCUCUCAGCGUGUGUUACUUUCAUAUGAUUUUUUGUUCAUGAUGUUUAUACAUUUUUAGUAUAUUUCCCGUUGUAAUAAAACAAUCUUUGUCGGCUUAUUGUAUCAUAUUGGAUAAUUGGCCGGUAACUUGAUGUUUUCUUCUA